AUGACGGCAGCUAUGGCGCAGUCGUGCUCGGCAGCGGGCGGCGCCGGUGACAGCCUCGCGUCGCGCGAUCCUAAUUCCCUCUCACCACACAGCAUUGCAUCGUCGGCGAAAGGGGGAGCAAGCAUGUACCGGACCACCUCCUCGCCCCUACCGCUGGAUGGCCAGCUUCCGUCCAAUUUUAUCGACCAUCUCGUUCUCAUCACUCAGAGCCUCGUCGACAGCGUACCGCCUCCGAGCGUGGCUUCUGCAAACCGCCUGGGGAGCACGGGUGGGAGUGCUGGAGCUGGCGUUUCCUUCGCUACAUCAUCUGCAGUAGGAGCUGCUGCAGUUGGCACAAGUGUCAGCGCCAGUAGCAUUGUCAAUGGGAGCGCAACUGCGCUCGCCUCAUCAUCAUCGUCUGUGGCGGCUGCGGCAGGAGGACAUGGUAUCGGACCCGGAGGAUGGCGGAUCGAGCAGCUGGCUGAAGUGCUGAUUGCUGCUGCGAAUACUCAGAGGUACAAUGUGCAUGACAUGCGUCAACAACAUCUGCAGCAUGUGCAGGUGCCUGCUCUGGAGCAUGAACAGCACGCGAACGGAUCGUUCCCUGUCACAACGCUAUCCUUGCAAGUGCCGGUGACCACGACGCCUGCGGAGCAAGAUUCUGUGUCUCAGCCACUCCUCGAAAGCAGCACAGUCUUCUGUGUGGACACACUCAGCCGCCGCAGCGGUAAAGGUGGCAUUGCUGCCCCAGCAACACCAUGGCAGGAAGGAGAGAUAGAGCAGGGCAAAGAAUUGUCCUUCUUGAGCGACCUCGGUGAUGAGAGAGCAGCAGACAACAACAACUCCGGUCACUGCAUCGCGGCAGGACACCUACAGCCCGUCGGACCGAACGAAGGCGUGCUGUCUCUGCCUCUCCCCAAAUUCCAUUUUGAAGGUGGAGACGAGCGGACACAGGUGAUUGAGGCCAACUUGGGAAAACUCGUCGAACGGCUUUGGCGCGCCGAGGAUCAGCUUGAGAGCAUCGCGUCGGCCGCUGCUGCUGGCCAGAAGCGCAGGAGCGAGUUGGUGCAGCAGCAGCAGCAGCAGCAACACCAUCAGCACGAGCAACCACGCGCCGGCAAUGGGGAUGGCAGCACCUCUGGCGCUUUCUCGAUGCUCGAUCCUACGAUCAUGUCCAAGAGCACCGGACUGAGCUCGAUCGGCCAGCAUGUCGUUGGGGCCGGGGGUGCCGCGCUUUCGUGCAGCACGUGCGGACGCAGCUUCUCCUCCGCAUCGUCCAUCAAGGACUUCCCGUAUCCGCUCUCGCAGGCGCCGCCGCAGUCGUCCGCUUACCCGCUCUCUUACCCGCUUGGCAUGUCGCAGGACGGCACACCCGUCCUGCUGGCCGCCACAGGUGGCAGCGGCCAAGGCGGCGCCGACGGAAUCAGUUCACCCGAAGCUGCCAUGGGCGCGUUCGAGCGCUACUCGGACGAGAGCGGCUUGUCGGCCCAGGAGGAGUUGAGGCUGCUAAAGGCGCAGGUACAAGAUAUUGCCCGAGUGUGCAAGGCUGUCGCGUUCGGCGAUCUUUCGCAGCACAUCACUGUGCCUGUGCAGGGCCAUGUGAUGGUUGAGCUGAAAGACAUCAUUAACCAGAUGGUAGACACGCUCUCCAACUUUGCUGCCGAUGUCACGCGUGUCUCACUCGAGGUAGGCACAGAGGGCAAGCUUGGUGGCCAGGUCGAGGUGACCGGCGUCGAAGGGCGCUGGAAGGAGCUUAAGGACGUUGUCAACAAGCUAGCGAUGAACCUCACCAACCAGGUGCGAGGUGUUGCGACGGUCACCAAGGCGGUCGCGCGUGGUGAUCUCUCCAAGAAAAUUGACGUCGAAGCGGACGGAGAGAUCUUGGAGCUAAAGGUGACACUCAACGUCAUGGUGGAUCAAUUACGACACUUUGCCAACGAGGUCACGCGCGUCUCGCGAGAAGUCGGCAGUAAGGGUCAACUCGGCGGGCAAGCGUACGUUCCUGGUGUACAAGGUGUCUGGAAGGAGUUGACGGUCAACGUCAAUCGUAUGUGCGCCAACCUGACCGAACAGGUGCGCAGCAUCGGCGUAGUCACCACUGCCGUCGCGAAAGGCGACCUCACCAAGACAAUCGAUAUUGAGGCGGAAGGCGAGAUGGCGCAGCUGAAGGACACGGUCAACUCGAUGGUGGGACAACUGCGUGUGUUUGCCUCAGAGGUCGUCCGAAUGUCCAUGGAGGUCGGAACAUACGGUAAGCUUGGUGGGCAAGCGCACGUGCCAAACGUAGAGGGGACAUGGAAGGACUUGACGGAGAACGUCAAUAAGAUGGCAGACAAUCUCACAUCGCAGGUUCGAGAAAUUGCACGGGUGACCAAGUGUGUCGCCGAGGGAGUCCUCACGGAGUACAUCACCGUCGAUGUCAAGGGCGAGAUCCUUGACCUCAAGAUCACCGUCAACAAUAUGGUCAAGCAGCUCAAUACGCUCUCCGACGAGAUCAUCCGUGUCUCGGUUGAAGUAGGCACUGAGGGAAGGCUCGGUGGUCAGGCCAAUGUCAAUGGCGUCAAAGGCCAGUGGCAGGUGCUCACUGAACGAGUCAAUAUGAUGGCCUCGAAUCUCACCACGCAGGUACGAUCCAUCGCCACUGUCACGACCGCUGUCGCUCGUGGAGAUCUGAGCAAGACGAUCAAUGUCGAAGUACGUGGGGAGAUCCUCGAUCUCAAGCUAACGGUCAACAAUAUGGUCAAGUUCCUGCGAACAUUCUCGACGGAAGUCACGCGUGUCGCCAAGGAAGUCGGAACCGAAGGCAAGCUUGGGGGUCGGGCUACUGUGCUCGGGGUCGGUGGAACAUGGAAAGAUCUCACCGAGUCCGUUAACACCAUGGCUGCCAAUCUCACCUUGCAAGUGCGAACGAUCGCACACGCAACGACAGCCGUCGCACGCGGUGAUCUUUCCCAGAAGGUCACUAUCUCUGUCUCUGGAGAGAUUCUCGAUCUGGUCAACACGAUCAACAACAUGAUCGACCAACUGUCCUUCUUUGCGUCCGAGGUCACGCGCGUCGCCCGAGAAGUAGGAACGGAAGGCAAGCUUGGCGUGCAGGCGCAGAAGAAGGACAUCAAGGGGAAGUGGGCGGAGAUCACGGACAAUGUCAACAUUAUGGCCAACAACCUCACAUCGCAAGUACGCGCCUUUGCGCAGAUCACCGCCGCCGCCACCGACGGAGACUUUACGCGCUUCGUCACUGUCGAGGCCUCGGGAGAGAUGGACUCGCUCAAGACUAAGAUCAACCAGAUGGUCUAUUCGUUGCGCGACUCGAUCCAGAAGAACACAGCCGCGAGGGAAGCUGCCGAGUUGGCGAACAGGUCUAAGUCAGAGUUCCUCGCAAACAUGUCGCACGAAAUCCGGACGCCCAUGAACGGCAUUAUCGGUAUGACCGCGCUGACGCUCGAGACGGAGUUGUCGCGCAGUCAGCGAGAGAACCUUGUCACCGUCUCUACGUUGGCCGGCAACCUGUUGGCCAUCAUAGAUGACAUUCUCGAUAUCUCCAAGAUUGAGGCAGGCCGCAUGAACGUCGAGGAGAUACCUUUCUCGCUGCGGGGAAUCGUGUUCAGCGUCCUGAAGACGCUUUCGGUGCGAGCUACACAGAAGAAGCUCAAUUUGCUUUACGAAGUUGGGCCCGACUGUCCAGAUCCCUUGAUUGGCGAUGCGCUCAGGCUUAAGCAGAUCAUCACCAAUCUUAUCGGUAAUGCGGUCAAGUUCACCGAGGCGGGAGGCCGCGUUGCUCUUAAGUGCACACUCGCCAAGGUCAUCUCAGACAGGCUUUGCUUACUGGAAUUCUGCGCAUCCGAUUCAGGAAUCGGCAUCAAGCCUGAGAAGCUCGACUUGAUCUUUGAUACAUUCUGCCAGGCUGACGGAUCUACGACGCGCAAGUAUGGAGGCACAGGUUUGGGAUUGUCCAUCUCUCGAAGACUCGUAAAUCUCAUGGGCGGUGACCUGUGGGUGCGAAGCAACUACGGUCACGGAUCGGACUUUUUCUUCACCAUGCUGGUCAAGCUUGAUGAGAUCGGCAAGGAGCAGGUGAUCGAUAAGAUCCGCCCAUACUUAGGCCGGAAUAUCUUCUACUUGGACACCCUGCACGACGAGACUGGCGUGGAAGCCAUGCUCGAGGAAUUGGGCCUCAAGCCUUUCACCGUUCAUAGCAUCGAAGAGGCGUCUCAAAAGAAGCGUGGCAUGCCGCGGAUCGAUGCCAUCAUUACCGACUCCUUAUCGGUGGUAGAGGACUUACGAACAGUCGAGCACCUGCGGUACAUCCCCAUCAAUCUCAUCACGCCGGACGCUCUCACCCUCAACUUGACUUAUUGCUUGGAUCACGGCAUAUCAUCUUAUAUCAAUACGCCCACUACGCUGGCCGACCUGCACUAUGCUCUGCUGCCAUCGCUGGAGAGUUCGGCCGCGGUGCCUUCGGAGGGCAAUACGGAUGUCAUCUACGACAUCUUGCUCGCUGAGGACAAUGUCGUCAACCAAAAGCUGGCCUGCAAAAUUCUGCAGAAUCAAGGUCACAAGGUCGACGUUGUCGACAACGGUCAGCUCGCAGUGAUGGCUGUCAAGAAAAAGCAGUACGACGUCAUCUUGAUGGACGUUAGCAUGCCUGUCAUGGGUGGUAUCGAGGCCACGAUGGCGAUUCGAGAGUUUGAAGCAUCAAUCGGUGGCGAGCGAGUGCCGAUCGUUGCCUUGACCGCACAUGCCAUGUUAGGUGACAAGGAGAAAUGCUUGAAGGCGGGAAUGUCUGCAUAUGUUUCCAAACCCAUUCGGAGAGUCGAGUUGAUCUCGACGCUUCAUUCGCUUCUGGCAAAUAAGAAGGCUCCGCGAGUAUGA